AAAGAGUCUUUUCACUUCUCCUCACCAUUAAUGCCCCUGAAUCUUCAAUCAAUUCACAGAGAAAAGAACAGCAUUCAUUGCAACCACAACAGCACAACACAUGGCUAUCAGCUUGUGAAGGGUCCUACCAGAUGGCCUGUGUCAAAGUCACAGUCACAAACUGGGACGGCACCGGCGCGCGUUAGUGCCCACCAGUUGCACUUUGGACCCUUAUGGUUAGGUGUGGUGUGGGGGUACUCAUUUGGGAGAUAUGUGAAUGUAAAUCCCCUUCUCAAGAGGGAUACUUCCACUCACACUCCCCGUGCCCCCACAUCAAGGUAAACAACAAGCUUCACUAGCAAACAAACAUCUGAAUGAAAAAAGGGCAUAUAACUAUCAUCCCACUGCCAACAGUUAAGAGAUCCAAUAAUUGCUUUGUGACGUUAGAUGGUGUCAGGCUCCCAAACUGUGAGCCAAAGAAUUUGUAAAUUCAAAUCUGUGCAUGUUGUAGUUGCUUGCUUAGCUUGGGAUUCCACUGAUUGUUUUUCUUACGAGCACGUACAGUAAAUACUGUGGGUUGCG